UUAACCUCUAUAAAAGCCCCUUUCCGUUUCCAACGCGUCGAGUAUAAGACGUGGUUUCGUUCCAUCAGAAGCAAAUCGAUUACAAAAUGACUUUCGGAGACGUGAAAACUGCAGAAGGCUUGAAGCACCUGAACCUCUUCUUGGAAGACAAAAGCUACCUCAGUGGAUUUGUCCCAUGUCAAUUCGAUGUUGAGAUCUUUGAAGCGAUCCCCAAGGUAAAUGCCAACUUGGUGAAUGUCCUCAGAUGGCACAACCACAUCAAGUCUUUCUCCGCUGAAGAAAAGAAGAAUUUCCCACCAGACACCAACCCCAUAAGGGCCGGCAGGGUCGUCAUAGAUGAUUCUGAUGAUGAUGAUGAAGAUGUUGAUCUAUUCGCCUCUGACGAUGAGGAAGAAGAUGCGACAGCUGCGAAGAUCCGUGAGGACAGGGUCAAGGCCUACUCAGAGAAGAAACAGAAGAAACCCGCCCUCAUUGCCAAGAGCAGCAUUGUCCUCGAUGUGAAACCCUGGGACGAUGAGACUGACAUGAAAGAAAUGGAAAAGAACGUGAGGACCAUCGUCAUGGACGGUCUCGUCUUUGGAGCCUCAAAACUCGUUCCCGUUGGCUACGGCAUCAACAAACUGCAGGUCAUGUGCGUCGUCGAAGACGAAAAAUGCUCCGUGGAUGCGCUGAUCGAGGAAAUCGAAAAGUUCGAAGAUUUCGUCCAGAGCGUUGACAUCGCCGCCUUCAACAAGAUCUAAACUAAAUAUUUUUGUUUUGAUUCACAAUAAUUUUUCCCAUUGCUUUAAUAAAUAAAUAAUAAAAAAAUAUAAA